AGAAGAAGAGAAAGAAAGAAAGAAAAAAGAAAGGAAGGAAGAAGAAAAGAAGAAGACGAAGAAGAAAGAGAGACAGAGCAGGGAUGUUUUCAGGAAACUGUCUAAUGGGAAAAUAUAAGGGUAGAGAUGUACCAGUAAAUUGAAUUGAUCGAUCAUUUGACUAUUUAAUUAAUAUUUAUUCAUAAGCAGUCCACAUGAUUCUGAACGUCAUUUACAGAUAUACUCGAACUAGCUACACCCGUUAAGACAACUGAAAGGCUCUAUUGAAAAAAGAGGGAGAAAAAAAAACAGAAAAGGAAUGCACUUCAUCAGGCUUGUACUCUUGAAGGAUUACAUAAUGAGUCGUGUCCCCAAGUGUCCAUAGAGGCGGGAGGAGGAGCGGGUCGGCUAUUUACACAAGGCUCCAGCUUGUCGCGUCUUGUUGUUCCACGCUAAAAGUACGAGCGGUUAUGUGUCUUUCUACUCGUUGGUUGUACAUUAGUUUUGGGUUUCUAAUGGUGUGGUUUAUGUGGUUAUAAAUGUGAGGGAGUUUCCUUUCAGUUUGUGUGUGUUUUCUCUCAUGUGGAAAAGUAUGUGUUACACUUGUGGCAUCAUGAGGAGUUACCAACUCUUGAUUUCCAGUGUUCGGAUUGUCAGAUCGCUGUGGGAAAUGAGGCGGUAGUGAUUAAAUCGCGUUAAUGUAUUGGCUGUGUUCGAUGUGGUGGCUUAUGUAAGUCGUAAACAAUAUUUAAUUUACUUGAACCGAAUCUGUGACUUCCCGAGCCCCAAGACGACAAAAUGAGGACGUUCACCCCACGGCGAUGCGCACCCUCGGCGUCCAAGUCAGCAUCUCGGCCGGAGAUGAUGGAGAGGCCGCAGGGAAGCAAGCCUUUCCUCAAGCGGGAAGGCAGCGAGGCGAGGCAGCAAUUCGGACAGCGGAUCUGCGGGCCCCCGAGUGACUGGGCGGGCCCGGCACCCCCCAGGGGCAGCGAGGUCUUCAUCGGCAACCUUCCCCGAGAUCUGUACGAGGACGAGCUCAUCCCCGUCAUGGAGGCGGCGGGAGUCGUCUAUCUGGCGCGGAUCAUGAUGGACUUCACGGGCGCGACGCGGGGCUACGCCUUCGUCACCUACGCCGACCCGGAGGCCGCCCACCGAGCCACGACCUCCCUCAACCGACUGGAGAUCCGGCCGGGGCGCUUCAUCGGGGUCUACCACAGCUUCGACAACAGGAGGCUGUUCCUGGGCAACAUCCCGAAGACGUCCACGCGAGACGAAGUGAUGCGGCAGGUGAAGAUGCACACGGAGGGGGUCCUGGACGUGACGGUCCACGGGAACCACAAGGACCCCAAGAAGAACCGGGGCUACGCCUUCGUCAGGUACGAGACCCACCGGGCGGCAACCAUUGCAAGGAGGAAGCUGCUCGAAAUCAACGGCCACCUCAGCAAGGCCUACCCUCGCGUCACCGUCGACUGGGCGGAGCCGGAGGUGGAGGACAUGAAGGCCGCGCUGCACGACGUGAGUUCGGGCCGUUUUUCGUUUGUUUGUUUGUUAGGAGGGGUUUGUAGGGGACUUUGCGUAUCGGUCGGGUAAUCUGUAGUGAGUGUUUAAGUGUUUAUUCUGC